UUCCGCUUCAGCAAUGGCUCUAAAGUUCGCUUCCCCCUUCCCACUCUUCUCCCCCACCGCCGCCCCUUCCCCUCGCCGACCGCCGUCGUCCAGUGAGGUCCGCUUUUCCAGAUGGAAUAACGCCAACGCUGAGCCUUUCGUCCGUCGUCGCCGCCAGCAGAAGGAGAUCGAGGACGAGAUACGCCGCAACCGCCGCCACCAGUCUGCCUCCAGGAUCGCCGAGGACGCCGACGAAGAAGAUGGGGGAUUGGACUUCCCUCAUUCAUCUCCUGCAGAUUUCAGGUCCCGCGGCACCCCUUCCUCCCCUUCUGCACGUUCCAUCCCCGGCAGAGCUUCCAAGUACUCCAAGCCCCCGGUUGACUCCAAGGAAGCACGUCACCCUGCCUUCCGCCGGACGUAUAGAGCGAGGAUCCCGCCUCAGGUUGACGGAGAAUCGGGGAUUACGGUGGGAGAGAACGGGAUUGCUUAUCGGAUAGGAGGUGCGCCAUUCGAGUUCCAAUACAGCUACACGGAGACUCCAAAGGUGAAACCCUUGGGUCUGAGGGAAGCUCCGUUCUUGCCAUUUGGUCCAACUACCACACCAAGGCCGUGGACAGGGCGAGCUCCGCUCCCACCGAGUAAGAAGAAGCUGCCGGAGUUUGACUCGUUCCAUCUCCCGCCGCCGGGAAAGAAGGGAGUGAAGUCAAUACAAUCGCCUGGACCAUUUGUGGCUGGGUCGGGUCCAAAGUACCAUGCUACGUCAAGGGAAGAGAUAUUGGGAGAGCCUCUGACAAAGGAAGAGGUCAAGGACCUUAUCAAAGGGUGCAUGAAGACUAGGAGACAGUUGAAUAUGGGAAGAGAUGGCUUAACACACAACAUGUUGGACAAUAUCCAUGCUCAUUGGAAAAGACGGAGGGUAUGCAAAAUAAGAUGCCUAGGAGUGUCUACAGUUGAUAUGGAUAAUGUUCGUCAGCAAUUGGAGGAGAAAACUGGAGGGAAGAUUAUAUAUAGUAAAGGCGGUGUUAUCUUUCUGUUUCGUGGACGAAAUUACAAUUACAGGACACGCCCGAGAUUUCCUCUUAUGCUUUGGAAACCUGUGACACCUGUCUAUCCACGGCUGGUUCAACGUGUACCAGAAGGAUUAACAUUGGAAGAAGCAACACAGAUGCGAAAGCGAGGGCGCCAGCUACUCCCUAUUUGUAAACUUGGUAAAAAUGGUGUGUAUAAUAGACUGGUUUAUCAAGUUCGAGAAGCAUUUGAAGCAUGCGAGCUUGUCCGUAUAAACUGCCAGGGUAUGAACCCAAGUGAUUACAAGAAAAUUGGCGCCAAACUUAAGGACCUAGUUCCAUGUGUGCUUCUUUCGUUUGAACACGAGCAUAUACUCAUGUGGGGAGGAAAAGACUGGAAAUCUACACUUCCAGAAAUAGAAGACAAUGGCAAUGGAGCUACAGAACUCAACAGCAUUGACCUGACAACUACAUCUGAUACAAACAACUCAUCAUUUUCCAAGGAGAUGUUCGAUGUGAGUGCUACUGUGAGUCCCAGUGAGGUGCCUAGCAUCAGUGAAUCUACCAAGGCUGAGGAUUUGGAUGCACAUCUAGAAGUUGUGGAGACUGCGUACGUAUCCAAGUCACAAGACACUGAUGACGACUUAUCAAGAGAAACUGCUAGCAGUUCAGACGAGAUUACUAACAUGACGUCUGGAUUUUCGAAUCACCAAGAUCCUUCGACUACUUACCUUGACACCUCUUCCUCAGGCUCUGGAUGCCAUGCAGAGUUGUGUGAAGAUGAAAAUCAAGAUGAGGACUCUGCAGAUAUUGUGGGUUCUGCCAGGCAUGAUGGUGAUGAUGCAUCCACCAGACUCGAUACCACUGGAGUGAAUGUUGGGAUGGAGAUGGAAGAAAACAAUUGUUUACCAGAACAGAAACCAUGGUUAGACGGAGUUACUUUUCUUCUGAGACAAGCAGUUGAUGAUGGCUCUGCAUUGAUAUUGGAUGAUGAUGCAUCUUCCGAUGCUAAUAUUGUGUACCAAAGUGCAGUCGAAUUUGCCAAGACUGCUCCGCCUGGGCCUAUUUUUAGGCACAGAACCAAGAAAGCUACUGAGCAAGCGGCUGAGCAAGAAAAGCACCAAGGAAUUGGGCAAAUUGAGGAGGUUGAAAUGGUUGCAAAUUCCAAUAGGAAACGCGAAGGCAGGAGUUCCUCGCAGAGCCAGAGAAGGGACAAACUCCCGGAAAUCCUCUUGGAUGUGGUUCCACAUGGAAGUUUGGGAGUCGAUGAACUGGCAAAGCUUCUAUCCUGAUUCUGAGGUAAUCGAUUUGAUAAUAUCCAUUCUUUUGCUCUAAGUAAAUCAAACUGAGGAACAAUGGAACAGCUCAAGUAAAUCAAAGUGAGGAACAGAUGGAAUAACUAGUGAUUGUGAUUCGGUCAUGAAUCUUCCGAGGCAAGAGUAGAUGAUUUAGAAACUCCACCUAAUGCCAAGAGGUGAUCUUCAGUUUACGAGAUAUCUCAAGAAGAAUCGAAGAGGCUUGAGAAAACAGUUCUCAAGGUAUGAAUCUAAGAAUUAUCAUUCAAGUAUGAAUGUGUUUAUCUUUGAAGACAAAUUUUUUAUAAAGGGGAUUCUUGCGAGGUUCUCCAAAUCAUUUUCAAGUUGAAUUAAUUUAUCUUCUAACAUGAAGGAGAUCCUCACACGGAACUAUAUUAUGGUCCUUCAAUUUAGCUUUGAUUUACGUUUUAAUUUUGGCCAUUUGUAAAUGACUAGUUGAGAUUGAAUUUGUCGAGCAUUUCUACUUGAAAGUGCCUUUUAA